AUGUCUACUGCUACGACACCCCCACUGAAUGCAGCAGCUGAUGAUGGGUCCACCACAAAGUCCAUUAUAGCCAUAACACAAAUGCGCAGCACCAGUGACAAGGGAGAAAAUAUACGACAAGUCGAGAAGCUGCUGCAGGAGGCAAAGAAGCAAUGUGCCUCCUUUGUGUUCUUGCCGGAAUGUUGUGAUUUUGUGGGUGAGAAUCGUAAUCAAACACUGGAACUGGCGGAGCCGUUGACAGGUCCCACUCUCACAAAAUAUCAAAGUUUGGCCAAGGAAUAUGAUGUGUGGCUAUCGCUGGGUGGCAUCCAUGAAUCUGUUUUGGAUGAAUACGAGAGGAAAACGGAUAAAAUUUAUAAUGCCCAUGUUGUGGUCAACAACAAGGGCGAAUUGGUGAACAUCUAUCGUAAACUACAUUUGUUUGAUGUUGAAACUCCCGAAUAUACAUUUAGAGAAUCGAAGGUGGUGAAGCCAGGGCCAAGGCUAAUACCACCGGUGGAGACACCAAUCGGAAAGGUGGGUCUGCAAAUAUGUUAUGAUAUGCGUUUUGCGGAGAGUAGUUUGUUGCUGCGUAAACAAGGUGCUGAGAUUCUCACCUACCCCUCGGCCUUUUCAUAUCCCACUGGUAAGGCCCAUUGGGAGAUACUGCUAAGGGCUCGGGCAAUUGAGAAUCAAUGUUUUGUCUUGGCUCCCGCUCAAAUUGGUUAUCACAAUGAGAAGCGGCGUAGUUGGGGCCAUGCCAUGGCCGUAAAUCCAUGGGGUAAAGUGCUGGCCGAUUUGGGAGAUAAAGAUGAUCUCAAAGUGGGUAUUGUGGAAAUUGAUUUGUCAGCAAUGGAGCCCAUACGUGCCUCAAUGCCUUGCUUCAAUCAUCGAAGAGAUGAUGUGUAUAGCUUAACAGCUUAUGGUAGUGGCAGCACAGAACCUCUCGAGGAUCGCAAAUUUGCCAAGAAUAUUAUCAACAAGGAUACCAUCUUUUUUGAGAGUCCUUAUUGUUUUGCAUUUACCAAUCUCUGUUGUGUGGUAGAGGGUCAUGUUUUGGUGUCCACCAAACGUUCAGUACCCCGUCUAAAUGCCCUUAACUCCGCGGAAAUGAGUGAUCUCUUUAAUACCGUGUGCCGUGUACAGAGGAUGUUGGAAUCGAUUUAUCAUACGACAGCAGCUACUGUAACUGUGCAGGAUGGUGCCGAUGCUGGCCAGACUGUACCACAUGUACAUUUUCAUGUUAUGCCACGCCGACCAGGAGAUUUUCGCCACAACGAUCAGAUCUAUGUGAAAUUGGAGGAUCAAGUUGAAAAUAAGACGCCGCGCUCAAUGGAAGAACGCAUCGAGGAGGCCCGAAAAUACCGAAAUGUUAUGAAAUCAUUGAAGUUGUAG